AUGCUGGUGACCUAUUUGGAAGCCAGCAGGGACCUUUGCGAUACGGACUCAAUUCUUUUUGGCGCCGCGCUGGCAGUCUGCCGUAUCAUAGGCGCCAAGGUUGCCACGGCUGGACGCGCUACUGGCCAAAGUAGCGUUAUCCCAGCAUGGAGAAAAAGAAUUGAGGAGCGUAUCGCAAAGGCUAGAGCUCUCAUCGGCAGACUGAUAUGCUUCAGAUCAGGCAAUAACAGGUCAAGAAUUGUGCGUACGGUCAGGAUGGCAUAUACUGGGACAAAUGUCAGUUUGUCCAAGCCGGAUAUUAUGCAAAAACUGACGGAGCGCACAGAUGAUCUGAAGCAGAGAAUCGCUGCUUGGGGAAAGCGGAUUCGGCAAUAUACCGAGGGGUCGACUCGGUUCAACCAGAAUCGUCUCUUCCAGAGUGAUAAGAUGAGGCUCUAUGAAUCAUUGAAGCGACCAAUUGCAAGUGGAACGGGCCCAGCACCGAAUCAGGCCGACACAGUAAAAUUCUGGCGCGGCCUGUGGUCAGAGUCCGUAAACCACAGCGAGGGCUCUUGGACGAAAGUUGUAGCGAAUCAGUGUGCGAGCAUAACGCCUAUGGACCCCGUCAUUAUAACGCCGGAUGACGUAGCUGAGGCGGUCCGUUCGGUCCCGAACUGGAAAAGUCCGGGACCCGACAGGCUGCAUCACUACUGGCUGAAGGGGUUUGUCGUGUGUCACACUGUGCUCGCCCGACAGUUCCAAGUGGCUCUCAACCAGAAGUCGCUCCCAAGCCUCUUCACUACUGGGAUCACUCUGUGGCCGUGA